UGUAGUAUAACACCAACGGUAACAAUGGGAAGCGAGGGAAGCAAAUUGAAAGGCUUAAUCCUUGAAAAAAACGCCGUAGAAGCCAAUGAGUAUUGGAAGCUGUAUAACGCAGAAUCACCGGCAGCAUGCAAUGAUGAAGACUGCAGAAAACUUCUCUCGAUAUUCCAAGGCGAAGUGUUCGUCAAGAGGCAUGUGUGGGCCGGCGGAAUGGGUCCAAUGGAAAGGGCAAUUAAAAACCUAAUGGUCUACCGCCACCCGUACAUAUUAAAAUAUGUAGCUACUUGGGACCAGUCCGGGCAAAAGCAUCUUGCCACGGAGAGGGUCCGGCCCCUAAAUGAGGUUCUGACCCAUCUGACCGACCUUGAAAUCUGCCUUGGAUUGCGAACAAUACUGUGCAGCCUAAUAUUUUUAAUUGAGAAGGCUUUGGCCAGGCACUUAAACAUAAACACGCAUUCCAUUUAUGUGACGGACAGGGGCAGCUGGCGCCUGGCUGGCUUCGAGUAUGUUUGGAGGGCCACAGAGGUCGACAAACCGCUGAUAGACUUGGCCCAUUCCCUUAUAGAUGCAAACAUCAGCGAAGAAAACUGUGAACAGUUUGCCUUCGCCAUGCUGUGUGAGAAAGUUCUUGAAAGGAGUGGAACUAAUAGUGGCGACGGUAAUAGCACUCCCCAUGCUCACGAGUUCCGUGAGUACUGUGGCGCACACCUGAAACACCAAAAUACUAAGUUAAGACCCACAUUUUCGGCCGUCCUUCUACAUCCAUAUUUCAAUCACGAAUUCGUGCUCAUACAUUCCUUUUUAUUUGAGUUACCGCUUAAGUCGGUGCAGGAGCGGCACGCAUUUUUUGGAAGUUUGAUUAAACGCCUCCAAUACUUCGACGAAGAAGUUGUGGCUUCGCAGCUGGCGUGUGACCUGCUUUCUAGAAUGGUACUUCUCGAUCCUGCUGCACAGGAAUUCGUGACUCCCCAUAUACUCCGUACAAAGUCUACGGUUAAUACGACGGUGUCAUUGUUUUCUCCGCGUACAUACGUUCAAUAUUUAAUGCCUCACAUACUAAAGAUGUUCCGUUUGCGCGAUGCGCAGAUCCGUUUGAUACUCUUGGAUUAUUUUAUGGACUUCGUUUGCCUUUUAGGUAUCGAGCAACUACAGAGUGAGAUUCUUCCACAUUUACAAAUGGGAAUGAGCGACACGAACGACAUUUUAGUUGCUAAGACGCUAAGGUGCAUGGCAGAUUUGGUUUCCAUAUUAGGAGCUAGCAAUGUUUUGGGCGGAGAGCGUAGCCGAUGCUUUUCUGACGGCCGUCCGCUCGCAGCCGUCUCCACACGUAGCCCGAAUACUAUGCCAGAACCUCGGUCCAUAAGCCCCCUUAUGGACACUAGAGCUUUUGACGUUGGAGACGACUUCAUGGUUUCUUCGAGUCCGUUGCCAACAGAAAAUAAUGUCCCCUUGUCGCUUCGCAAUAGCCCAGACGGAGGUGAAGACAGGAAGAUUGGCUUAAACUUAAAUGAAAAAUCCUUGAGUGUAUGUCAAAAUAGCGACCCCGAGACUGACUCAAAUGUAACUGUUGCAGGAAAAAAAAAAUUAGUAAACUUAGAUGAGGAAGGGAUUUGGUCUCAUUGGGAUACUACAGACGUGCUGCAGCGCUUACAUGUUACACAGACCGGACGGAAAGAGCAGACUCUAACCGAUUUGGUAACAGAGAGCAGUGCAUCAAUUCGAAAUUCUCAAGCCGUAUUAUCCUCGCAUAGCACAGCCAUAUUAGAUGUAUCCCUUGGAGCCAGCAAAGCACUGUUGCAAUCAGAUCGUAAGAUUAUAGACGAUCUGAGUGCGCUGGACAUACAAGUACAGUCAGUGACCCAGGGGACAGAGUUAGCCGAGUUUGACUUCUUCAAAGACAUGGAACCAGUGAUUGAAAUAAAAACUCGUAGCUGUGAGACAAAUGAACGUAUAAACAGCCGUUUCGCUGCUGCUGCAUUAACUGCCAACCGCAAUGAUGUGGAUGCGGAAAAUGGUUGGGGUCAUAACGAACAGGACGGGGACGUCGUAGUAUGGGGAGCGACGAAUGAAACGGUUACGUCCUAAGUCGGAAUCAUAAUAUAUUUUACUUUGUUGUAAUUAAAAUGUUAAUUAUUUAAUAAAGUAAUGUAAAGUAUA